GCCGCCAGCGAAAACACAGCGGCGCAGAUCUCAGUUUCAAAACGUCACGCGUAUUUUCACGCUUUUCCGAGGAUUCUCUCUGUUUAUUCACCGAAUAUGACUCGCUGUUCAUUUGAGGGAUGCGAUAAUCUCUAUGUGCCGUGUUCACGCCUGACAUUCUUCAAUCUGCCCAAGAAUGAGAAGCGCCGAGAGAUUUGGAUCGCCAAUUCCGGGAAUCGCAGCCUGAUGCGCGACUACAUGAGGAACAAGAGCGUCCGGCGAUUGUUCUGCGAGAAGCACUUCAUGGAUCAGUACAAGAAAUGCCAGGCCAAUCGUACAAUUCUCUACCGCGAGGCAGUUCCGGAUGCCUUCGACAAAGAGCUGGCCAGAGCCUUCCUGCAGAACGGCAGAGAGGGAUUAGAGCGUUGGGAGCAGGAUGCGGAUGUUGUUCCUGUGGCGAUUGUGGCUCCGCGGAAUCACAACGAACAGGACAACGAAUAUGUCUUCGAAGUGGCGGAGUUCACAGAGCCAGAAGCUGGUGAAGAAAGCCAGGAUGUCUCAAUGGAUGUCAGCGACGUGGAAGUGGUGGAAGCGGAUGACGCUGUGGCCGAGACGGUGAACAAGCUCAUCAAAACCUACAGCACGAGGAAGCCUUUCCGGACCACAGUCAAACAGAAAUCCCCGAGUUUAGACACACCGGCAGCGCCAGCCGAAGAAGAAUCUCCUGCCCAACUGCCUCCGUUCUUCCUGGACGCCACUGACUGGGAGAUCAGCGAAGAGACUGACGAGGUUGACGAUGUGAUCUGCGAAUACGUGCCUGCAGUUCAGCCACAGGAAGUUCGGGAAGAGAUUCCCGAAAUUCGUGCUCCGACGCCUGUUGAGACGUUUUCUGAGGAAGAUCGCUGCUUCGUGCUGUCUUUGCUGGAGCCCCUGAAGAAGCUGACGUCAGAGCAGCGAGCCGUGGCGAAGGUGAACAUCCUCAAGUAUCUCCUGGAGCUGGAAGUGGGCAAGAAGACGGCCACUCUCUAAGAUCAGUAUUCUAAGACCCGAAAGACAGAGAUUUCCCUGAAAUACAGGCAUUACGUGAGGCAAUCACGGUGUUUUUCCACGGCCCUCAUGGUGUGUAAUUCUUGGCUCAGUGCCUCUCAUCAAUAUUUGCCUCGCUAUUUGCAUUUUUUGGACGGAGAAUCGUACAAGAAAUUUCUAGAAUUGGAAGCGAAUUGGAAGAGC